AGCCACUUUAAGGCCCAAGCCGCUGACGUCCCAGCUUGGCCCGGGACUCCCGCCCAGACAGCGCCGAGAAGGCAGGAUUGGCGCAAAAAGCCCGAAUGGUGGCACCUCGCGCCCCUGUCCUCGAAGGCGACGCCCUGCUCCCCGACAGCGAGCCCGACUCGGACGAGGCCGCCGCUGGCAGCCUGGCGCCCCGGCGCCGCGCCUGGGCCGCCGCGGCGGGCCUGGCGGCCGCCGCCGGCGCCCUCGCGCUGCUCUCUGCGGGGCGCGGCGCGCCCGCGGCGCUGCCGGCCGCGGCCGGGCGCGGCUCGCUGCGCGACGCCGUGAUCCUGAAGGCCGAGGAGGCUCCGAACUCCACCGCGGCGCAGAGGAAGGCCAUCGUGAAGGAGCCGGAGCAGAGCGCCGAGGAGCUCCUGGCGGAGGCCGCGCACACGAGGGAUGCCGCCCAGGCCGCGCGCGACAAGGCAGACAGCGUGAGGAAGGCCGCCGAAGAGCGCGCCGCGACGGCCAAGAAGCAGACCAAGCAGGCGGAGGACACGACGAAGAGGGCCCGGGACGCCAUCGAGGCGGCCAAGCAGAGCAUCAAGGAGGCGAAGGCCCAGAUCGAGAGCGCCCAGUCUCUCCACGAGAAGGCGGAGCACGACGGCGCGGCCGCACAAAAGCAGCUCAAGGAGGCCAUCGGGGACCAGGGCGCCGCGGACAAGACGAUGCAGACCGCCAAGGACGAGGAGGAGUCUGCCCUGAAGGCGGCUGCCAAGGCGCGUGCGUGCGUCGAUCUUCCUGGGGUGAGGCUGCAUAACUGGGGCCCCGAGGACGCGGGGGGCUAUCGCCGCAUUGUUGAUCCGGACAACUACCCUGAGAUGGACAGCCUCAGCGCCUGCUCGGAGUGGUGCAAGGCUCACGACGCUUGCGCGCAGGCCGUCUUCUCUUACGUCGGGCUUCCCGAGGGCGGCAACCCGUGCCACAUGUAUCCUGAGCGCGGCGAGCUCUACGAUUUCCGUGACGACUUCAAUACAUCAUGGUGCGGAAGUGCGAACGAGGUGGAUCAGAUGGUCAAGGAUGUGAAGAAGGUGUUCGCUCAGAAGCCCUGGGUCGGCGACAACUACGGCGCCGUCCCGUGCGGCUUCGGUGGCGACGACUGCAGGGAGACCAAGUGCUGUGGCAGCCAGACCUGCGACUGGAGAUUCGAGGUCUGCUCGUACUUCAGCUGCAUCGUGAAAGACGAGAACUUCGCGGGCUGCGCGGAGACGCCCAAGGACACCCAGUAUGUCACCAUCCUCGGGGGCGGGCCGCCCGAAGAAGACCUCGGGGCGGCCGAGGAGGGGAAGCUCGUCCACCCUUCCUCGCUGUUCUGCUUCGUGGUCAUGAUGCCAGGGGCGCACGCGUCGGCCGGGGUUCAACAAGACGAGGGCAUAUUGGUGGACGUAGCGCGGAAGCACAACGCGAGCAUCUUCUCUUGCGAUGACCAGCUCGUGAUCGAGGGCUACGACGGAGGCGGCGGAUCCGAGGCCAACAUCGAUGAGUUCAUCGGCUACUGGGAGAAAGUGAAGGAAGACGGACGUUACAUGCUGCACGACUGGCUGAUCAAGGCCGACGCUGACACCGUCUUCAUGGCGGACCGCGUAAGAGCGCAUAUCAAUAAUUUCAGACCGCCAGCCGGCUCCGCCGUUUACUUCAGGAACACUGACUACAAGUUCCACUUCAUGGGAGCUUUCGAGAUGAUGAGCCGAGAGGGCGCUAUAGUCUUCUUCGAAAACUCUUACCAGUGCAACGAGAAGAUCGGCCACACGGGCGGGGAGGACUAUUGGAUGAGGUUGUGCCUCGACACACUGGGUCUCCGCCACAUCACAGACUACUCGCUGCUGAACGACAAGUAUGGCGCGCACGACGGCUGUGGUGACUCGUGGGCCGCGUCGUUCCACUUCUACAAGACCGAGGAGCAGUACAUGUACUGCCUCAACGAGAUCUGGAACAACCGGUGAGCCCGCCCAUCCCGUUCCGCCUGGCAGCCCGCGCUGGCAAGAUGGCGCGGACGCCCAGCGGUUUCACACAAAUUAAAUUGCGCGGGCGGACCCCCAGCGCUCUCGCGCGUGAUGUGCUGCGCCGGUGCCGCCCCGAGCGCAGAACACGUGCUCAGUUCAGCCAAUUCGAGACAAAGGCUCUCAGUCUCGCCAGCGCGGUGUGGUUACCACUGCAAAGCUUCCCCGAAAUCGGGGCACGUGCUCGGUUUACACCAGCGAGAGGCAAAUGGCUCUUCAUGACUUACUGGGCGGCCCGGGCGGGCCUCAGCGGCCGCCCCCGAAUUCGGUUCACGUGCUCAAGCAGACUAGCGAGAGGCAAACGGCUCUCUGACCUGCCGGGCGGCCUGGGCGACCCCAGCGCUCAAUUCAACCAGGGAGAGACAAAGGCUCUCUGACCUGCUGGGCGGCCGGGGCUGCCUCCGCUGUCGGCUGGGCGAGGGAGCGUCCCCCUUUUGCCGGGAGGCGGCGCACAGCGUCGCAGGCCGCAGGCCGCAAGCCGCAGACAGAGAGUCUCGUAGCCGAAUUCCUCCCCGUUGCCGCUGCUCGCUUCUCCAUCUCCCCCUUGUCUCCCCCCCUCCCCUCCUGUUCCU